GCUUUUCAGCUAUCAUGACUCCUGGCAAUUUCCUUGCAAGCUUCCUUGACCCUUAUUUUACCAGAAAAAAAUACUAUCAGAUUUUCAUUCUUGUACCUUUUCCCUAUAAGAAAAAAAUUCCAUGGAACAUCUAUAAAUAUACCCUCGUCCACUUUAAUGCUAGGUCAACAAUACGUGCAAGCUAGUAUGUUCACAAAUUAAAUCUCUCAUUAUUUGUGCUGUUUGGUGAUUCCAGAGCUAGCUAGGUAUACCAUGUGUCCUCUUAAAACAAAUGACCUGCACCGGAUUUUCCAUGAACUUGACAAAAAUGGUGAUGGUCUUUUGAGUACAGUGGAGCUCAAUUGGCUUCUCGAGAGCAUCGGAGUCCAUUUUAGCCUAGAGGAGCUUGAGUCUUCGGUGGGGAAGUCAUGCCUCAGCUUUGACGAGUUCUCGUUAUUUUACGACUCCAUAACAAAGCAGAGCGAUGAUCCCAGCAACGAAGCAGUGCUAGCAGACGAUGAGGAAGGCCGCAACAAGGAGGAAUGUGACCUUUUUGAGGCAUUUAAGGUGUUUGAUUCUAAUGGAGACGGAUUCAUUUCUUGCGAGGAGCUUCAAAGUUUGUUGUCAAAACUUGGAUUGUGGGAUGAGAAGACUGGUAAGGAUUGUAGGAGUAUGCUUUGCCGGUAUGAUACGAACCUGGAUGGGGUUGUUGAUUUUGAAGAAUUCAAGAAAAUGAUGCUGCGUACCAGUUUGUAAUUAUUCAUUUUUGGGCCACUCUAGGACUCUAGAGGGUUGGAGUUUUGCCUUCGGUUUGAAUUUGUGAGAACUGUGGUGGUCAGCCUCUUAGACGACCUCACUGGGAGUCGACCUUGGCAGCCAGCUUUUCAUACUAUGUUUUCCUUUCUUGUUUGUUGUAUUAUGUCACAGAUAUGUAUGUAAAGCGGAAUUUCUCACCGAGUACUAUGAUCGGAACUGAUUUCCGGUUGCCACUCUAGCUACUGCUGUCCAUAUUAUCCUUUCACUGUUUCUGUCUUGAUAACUUUGGUUUACGCAAUCAGUAUAGCACCAGUUUCCAUUUGCAUCCAGAA